AUGCCACUGAGUGACGGCGCCGGAGUAACCUUGCUUGAUCUACACAAGAUAUUACAGAACCUGGAUGCAAAAUCAGAUAAAACUCAAGAAACAUUGUGCGAAAUUAAAUCUGAACUUUUGGCAGCAAACAAUAAAAUAGUAUCUCUCGAGGAAGAAAAUACCAAACUAAAAGAGAGAAUCUCCCAGUUAGAUAGCAGAUCACGAAGAAACAACAUUCUUGUUUUUGGGUUGCAGUCUGCUACUCCGCUUGAAGGUCUAUACCAAUUCAGAGAUACUUUGGAAAUCGAUCUGGAUUUGAAAGACAUCAACAAUAUUUAUUUUUUUCCUGCGAAAACGAAUAAGGAAAAAGUAUUAAAACUCGAACUGUUAUCAUAUUUGAAGAAAAUUGAGAUCCUGAAAAAUCUUCAUAAAUUGAAAAACAAAAACUGGUACGUAGUUGAUGAUCUGAGUCCUGAGGAUCAAAGCAUAAACAAAGCGUUACGACAGCACCUUAAUCGAGCAAAGCAGAAUGGGAUUCAAGCAACAAUAAGACGUAAUCAUCUGAUUGUGAAUAACUCAAAAUUCAGCCUUGAAGACCUAGAGUUGGACCCUUCCAUUACCAAAGAAAAACCCGUGUCAUCGGCGACACCAAGUGUCGCGGAUGAAACAAACUCCAGAAGGAAACCCCCUCAUAGGGCUGCAAAAGGUUUUAAUUAG